GAUAACACUUAAAAACUCUUUCAUACAUACACUUACGUAUAUAGAAAUAAAUAAUUACACUGUUCGUUGACAAUUUGAUCUAUUUGACAUCUAGUAUUGUCAUCUCUGACUCUGACUUACUGUUGAUAAUACAGUCAUCAACUCAUAGUAUUUCUAAGCAUCCAACUAGUUAGUCAUGAAACUUUUGACUAAUGUAUUAUUUGGUUUAAUUUUGUUUCUUUUUUUUAAAUCUUUAUAAAAUAAAUGUUAAAUUGACAGUGAAUAGUAAAAAGUGAAUUUUUAAAGAAUUUUUUUUUCUUCAAAAUUUGGUGUAAGGUAUUAGAAACUAUGAACUUGUGCAGCCAAAUGCUGAAGAUAAAUUGCAUACCACUGUGUUUCAGCAAUCAACUACAUUAACAGCAAAAAUGUGGCCUCCAGAUAUGACUAGUAGUUUUGAUUGGAACUGGAAUAUUCUUGGAUGGCAAAUGAAUAAAGAUCAAUUUUCAGUUAUUAUCAUAUGUACAAUAAUUGUUAUAGUAUUAAUCUCAACAGCACUUGUGUUCAUUAUUUGGUAUUGUUGUUUUUGCAAUAAAAAAACUGAAGAAAACAAUGGUGAAGAAGCUCAAAGGAGUACUACAAAUUUACCAGGAUACUCUACUGUUUUCUUAGAUCCAAAAACAGGAAAUUUUGUAUACAGUAAUCGUAUUGUUGAAUUGUUUCCUGAAAGAGAAGGUUCUCCAGAUAAUUGGUUUUUCAAUGAUCAAGUUGAUGAAAUACCACCACCUCCUCCACCAAUGAUUAUUAACAGUAGCGUUCCAAGAUCAGCUUCUGUUCCACCAAUAAAACAACUUCAAUCAUUUGAUCCAUGUAUUCGAGAGAUCAAAAAAUCAUUGAACAAUGUUAAUUCAGAAGAGCCACAUUUAAAUUAUAUUGAUAAUGAAACUCAACAUAAUCCUAAAUGCCCAAUGCCUGAUUCAUUACCUCAAAUCUCAGAAUUCAAUCCUCAACAAUUUACCUCUAGUAGUUUCCUAGAUAAUUGUGAAAAAUGGGAUGGAAAAUCUCUUACAAUGCGAACAAGAAGUCUUCCUGCAAAUUGUCGAAGUAAAAAGAGACCUUUUUCAACCUCAGAUAAUAUUAAUGAACUAUACGCAAAGGUAAACUUUAGUAAAAAGAGGAAAAACCGUAUGAGAAAUGAUGAAGCAGCUAUUAUAGCUAUGAGUAAAUCUAGAAGUCAGUUUCUUAAUAAUAAAGACACAGAUGUUUUGGUUGAAAAUGAGGCCGUGAUUGUAUAUGAUGAACGAACUGCAUUAUAAACUAUUUGUGAUAUUUAAAGAAUAAUUUUAAGUAAUCAUUUAUAUAGAAUCUCCAAAUUUUGUGGAAUUGUGAUAAUUAAUAUUAUUUCUCCGAUGACCAGGGUUAUAUUGUAGUAAGGGCAUUUUAUAAUGGUAGCGUUUUAAAUUUUUAUAUACCAGUAUUAUUUUGCAUUAAUAUUGUGCUCCCUUCUUUUGAAUAAUAACUAUAAUUUAAAAUAAUUUCCUUGUAAUAAGUUCAUUUUUUACUUAUCAAUUUUUUUUAACAUACCUAUUCUUAUUACUUACUAUUUUAAUGUGAAAUUAUUUUCAAGGUUUAAUAAAUAUAUAUAAUUUUUAUAAACAUUUGAAUUAUAUAUCAGACUUUUUAUAAAACUAUUUUGUUGUAAUAGUCAACUAUAUAAAAAAAAAAUUAUGUACAUUUCUUUCUUUAACA